AUGAGGUCAACAAUUCACCUCUUUUUAAAUAAAGUAUUUAAAAAGGUCCAGCUGAAGAAAGAGGUCGCAGCCGAUACCUUUGUGCCAGAUGGGCACAAUGAUGUAUUAACUAGAGCUUUAGGGACUGCCGAGCACCCGGGGCGGACAAAGGGUGUUGGGUAAUAUUCGGGCUUAUGUAAAGUUUUCAAAGGCAACAUGAAGCCUCGUAAGUCCGAAGGUAACUAUAUGACUGAGGAGGAUCUUUUGCAGCGUCCUCCUUCCCUUCUGCAGCAGUAUGGACUAUGUGUGUCCAGGGGUGAUCCAGACUUAGCAUCCAUGUCGCAGCACACACCUUCUGUAGCACCUCAUUAUGGGCAGCGUAGUAGCAAGGCGUCCACAGAUUUUGUUGACUUCGCUGGUGUCACUGAGGUUGCUGCUUGUUACUUGAGGAUCUGUGAUCUAGCGGAUUACAUAGUGGCACAUGGAUCGGUCUUCCCAUGUGCACCGAGAGAUAUGGUGCAUGGUGUUCCCCUCCUUCCCCACCAAGUUAAGCCCCUGGUGCAGACGGCUCGACAUGGCGACUUCUCAUCAAGCAAAUCUCGUCCCGUUCUCGGCGUACAUCCCACUUCUCCUAGCUCUCCCGUACAGGAUGUUGUUGACCAGAGCUCAUACGUCGCAUUCGGGCCAAGGUGUAGAGAGUUGUGUCAGUGGCUGACACACACAUCUGCUUUUCCUACCAUCAACGUCAUUCUCGAUCCCGAGUCCAUGCUCUAUCUAGAGGAGACAAAGCUGAGGAUGCGUCCGGAGACUACGUGAGUUCAUGCGAUGGUAGGAGGUCGAUCAGACCAUCAUCAUUGUUUUCUUGAGGUAUGUCAAGCACUAUGUACGAAUAAAUUACUAUUAUAAUU